UUAUUUGAGAUAUGCCGAAUUCCACAAAAAUCCCACAAGUAGAAGAUCCUUCAUUAUGUCGUCAUCAGAAUUUUUUUUUAUUGGAAGAAUAAUAAUACAAGCUGCCACAAUCAUUGGCAU